CCCCGUCCCUCUGUGGCCCCCCACAUCUUGUUAGUCCUCCCCCUCUACUCCGCAGAAUUUUCUUUCUCUCUCCCUCCUCUUCUCCAUUCGUCGUUUUAUGUUUCCCACUCUUUGAGGAAGGAUGGUUGAUUUGGAGAGCGAAGUGCCCCCUCUGCCUCCUAGGUACAGGUUUCGGGAUUUGCUGCUAGGGGACCAGGGAUGGCAAAACGACGACAGGGUACAAGUUGAAUUCUAUAUGAAUGAAAACACAUUUAAAGAGAGGCUAAAGUUAUUUUUUAUCAAAAACCAGAGAUCAAGUCUAAGAAUUCGUCUAUUCAAUUUUUCUCUCAAAUUAUUAAGCUGCUUAUUAUACAUAAUCCGAGUGCUACUAGAAAACCCUUCACAAGGAAAUGAAUGGUCUCAUAUCUUUUGGGUGAACAGAAGUCUACCUUUAUGGGGCUUACAGGUUUCAGUGGCAUUGAUAAGUCUGUUUGAAACAAUACUACUUGGUUAUCUCAGUUAUAAGGGAAACAUCUGGGAACAGAUUUUACGAAUACCCUUCAUCUUGGAAAUAAUUAAUGCGGUUCCCUUCAUUAUAUCAAUCUUCUGGCCUUCCUUAAGGAAUCUAUUUGUCCCUGUCUUUCUAAACUGUUGGCUUGCCAAACAUGCCUUGGAAAAUAUGAUUAAUGAUCUGCACAGAGCCAUUCAGCGUACACAGUCUGCAAUGUUUAAUCAAGUUUUGAUUUUAAUAUCUACAUUACUAUGCCUUAUCUUCACCUGCAUUUGUGGAAUCCAACAUCUGGAACGAAUAGGAAAGAAGCUGAAUCUCUUUGACUCCCUUUACUUCUGCAUUGUGACAUUUUCUACUGUGGGCUUUGGGGAUGUCACCCCUGAAACAUGGUCCUCCAAGCUUUUUGUCGUUGCCAUGAUCUGUGUUGCUCUUGUGGUUCUACCCAUACAGUUUGAACAGCUGGCCUAUUUGUGGAUGGAGAGACAAAAGUCAGGUGGAAACUAUAGUCGACAUAGAGCUCAAACUGAGAAGCAUGUUGUUCUGUGUGUCAGUUCACUGAAGAUUGAUUUACUUAUGGACUUUUUAAAUGAAUUCUAUGCUCACCCAAGACUUCAGGAUUAUUAUGUGGUGAUUUUGUGUCCUACUGAAAUGGAUGUGCAAGUUCGAAGGGUACUGCAGAUUCCAAUGUGGUCACAAAGAGUUAUCUACCUUCAAGGCUCAGCCCUUAAAGAUCAGGAUCUGUUGAGAGCAAAGAUGGAUGAUGCUGAGGCCUGUUUUAUUCUGAGCAGCCGUUGUGAAGUGGAUAGGACAUCAUCUGACCACCAAACAAUUUUGAGAGCAUGGGCUGUAAAAGAUUUUGCUCCAAAUUGUCCUUUGUAUGUCCAGAUAUUAAAGCCUGAAAAUAAAUUCCAUAUCAAAUUUGCUGAUCACGUUGUUUGUGAAGAAGAGUUUAAAUACGCCAUGUUAGCUUUAAACUGUAUAUGCCCGGCAACAUCUACACUUAUUACACUACUGGUUCAUACCUCUAGAGGGCAAGAAGGCCAGCAAUCCCCAGAGCAGUGGCAGAAGAUAUAUGGUAGAUGCUCUGGCAAUGAAGUAUACCACAUUGUUUUGGAAGAAAGUACAUUUUUUGCUGAAUAUGAAGGGAAGAGUUUUACAUAUGCAUCUUUUCAUGCACACAAAAAGUUUGGUGUCUGCUUGAUUGGUGUUCGGAGGGAGGAUAAUAAAAACAUUUUGCUGAAUCCAGGUCCUCGAUAUAUUAUGAAUGCUACAGAUAUAUGUUUUUAUAUUAAUAUUACCAAAGAAGAGAAUUCAGCAUUUAAAAACCAAGACCAGCAGAAAAAAAGCAAUGUACCAAGGUCAUUUUAUCAUGGACCUUCUCGAUUACCUGUACAUAGCAUAAUUGCCAGCAUGGGUACUGUGGCUAUAGACUUGCAAGACACAAGCUGUAGAUCAACAAGUGGCCCCACCCUGUCUCUUCCUACAGAGGGAAGCAAAGAAAUCAGAAGACCUAGCAUUGCUCCCGUUUUAGAGGUUGCAGAUACGUCAUCAAUUCAAACAUGUGAUCUUCUAAGUGAUCAAUCAGAAGAUGAAACUACAGCAGAUGAAGAAACUUCCUCAAACUUAGAAUAUGCUAAAGGCUAUCCACCUUACUCUCCAUAUAUAGGAAGUUCACCCACUUUUUGUCAUCUCCUUCAUGAAAAAGUGCCAUUUUGCUGCUUAAGACUAGACAAGAGUUGCCAGCAUAACUACUAUGAGGACGCAAAAGCCUAUGGAUUCAAAAAUAAGCUAAUUAUAGUUGCAGCUGAAACAGCUGGAAAUGGAUUGUAUAAUUUUAUUGUUCCUCUCAGGGCAUAUUAUAGACCAAAGAAAGAACUUAAUCCCAUAGUACUGCUAUUGGACAAUCCGCCAGAUAUGCAUUUUCUGGAUGCAAUCUGUUGGUUUCCAAUGGUUUACUACAUGGUGGGCUCUAUUGACAACCUAGAUGAUUUACUCAGGUGUGGAGUGACUUUUGCUGCCAACAUGGUGGUUGUGGACAAAGAGAGUACCAUGAGUGCAGAGGAAGACUACAUGGCCGACGCCAAAACAAUUGUAAAUGUGCAGACCCUUUUCAGGUUGUUUUCCAGUCUCAGUAUUAUCACAGAACUUACCCACCCGGCCAACAUGAGAUUCAUGCAAUUCAGAGCCAAAGACUGUUACUCUCUUGCUCUUUCAAAACUGGAAAAGAAAGAACGAGAGAAAGGUUCUAAUUUGGCCUUUAUGUUUCGACUGCCUUUUGCUGCUGGGAGGGUGUUUAGCAUCAGUAUGUUGGACACUCUUCUUUAUCAGUCAUUUGUAAAGGAUUAUAUGAUUUCUAUCACCAGACUUCUGUUGGGAUUGGACACUACUCCAGGAUCAGGGUUUCUUUGUUCUAUGAAAAUCACUGAGGAAGACCUGUGGAUCAGAACUUAUGCCAGACUUUACCAGAAGCUGUGCUCUUCUACUGGAGAUGUUCCUAUUGGGAUCUACAGGACUGAGUCUCAGAAACUUACUACAUCUGAGUCUCGAGAAAUAGCAUCACAAGACUGGACUUCAUCUUUAGUUUCCAGAAAGUACUCCGUUAACCACCUGAAGUCUCAGAUAUCCAUCAGCGUAGAAGAGUGGGAAGACACCAAAGACUCCAAAGAUCAAAGUCAUCACCGAAGCAACCACCGCAACUCAACCUCCAGUGACCAGUCAGACCAUCCCUUACUACGGAGAAAGAGCAUGCAGUGGGCCCGAAGACUGAGCAGAAAAGGUCCAAAACACUCUGGUAAAACAGCUGAGAAAAUAACCCAGCAGCGACUGAACCUCUACAGGAGGUCAGAAAGACAAGAGCUUGCUGAACUUGUGAAAAAUAGAAUGAAACACUUGGGUCUUUCUACAGUGGGAUAUGAUGAAAUGAAUGAUCAUCAAAGUACCCUCUCCUACAUCCUGAUUAACCCGUCUCCAGAUACCAGACUGGAGCUGAACGAUGUUGUAUACUUAAUCCGACCAGAUCCGCUGGCAUACCUUCCAAACAGUGAACCCAGUCGAAAAAACAGCAUCUGCAAUGCCAUGGGUCAAGACUCUCGGGAGGAAACUCAGCUUUGAUAAAAGGAAAAUAAGAGACCUUUUUCCCCUACAAGAAUCUUGCUUGCAACAACUCUAACUCUUAGGGGAAGAAUGAGUGCUGCUGGCAGGAAAGAAUCUCGAUCAGAAUAUAUUCAGUUCUCUCAUAUUAAAAGCAAUCUAUUCUCUUAGAAGUAUAGAUUAUUUUGAAAGUUAAAGUAUUGCUUAUUAGUACUCCUCCUAUUAAUAUCUGAAAGACAUCAGUGGAAUGAUUUUAAAAACCUAAAUUAAAACAAAAAAUUUAAAUCGGUUAUUUGUUUGACAACAAUCCAAACUGUAUGAAGGUAAUUUUUAAAAGUGUUAAGGUUUUAUGAAAGUAAACAAAAAACUCCAACUGUAUUUGGUGCAUCACAAUGGUCAUAGAAGUUUGUGGCUCCUCUUAAAAAUUAAAGUCAUAUUAUAUUCUUUAAACUUGCGUUUUAUAAAAUUGAGUUCAUCAUAAAUGUCUAGCAUCUACACAAAGAUUAACCAACAAACUUGUAUGGCUGACUUUUGUGUAAGAAUCAGUUUGCUUUAGAGUAUAAAUCUUUAAAUCAUUUUAACCUUUUUCAUUGCCUUUUCAUAUGGUAUCAUACUCAUUUUAGAAUUUGAGAUGUUCACAGCAUGUUUUAUAACAUUGAGGAAACCAAAACAAACAAAAAAAUAUCAAGUACCUGAACUUUUUGCUCACUUAAUGUCUGACACACAUUGUAUGCCAAGAAAAAUGUUAAAAAUCAAAUAUUUAUUAUUCUCCUAAAAGAAUGCCUAACUGAGAAAAUACUGAAAACACAUAUGUUGGCUUCAGUUGAAGCCAAGAAUUGAAACAUUAACUGAUAUAUGCAUUAUUGGUUUUCAUUAGGCUCUUGAGCUUUAACAUUUUUAUAAUUUAUAUAGCAUAUUUCAUUAGAAAGGUACUUUAAAAUUCAAGCAGGCAAAAUUAUACCUUUUAUGGAAUAAAAGGACAUUUCAAAACAUUUAAAGUCCUCUAUGCUUUUGUAUUGAAAUACUCAUACACAAAACAAUGGUAUGUUAAAAAUUUUGAUUUAAUUUUGAAAAACCAUCUGUAGGACAUAGGUUUUAACACUGUGAGGAAAAAACAUGUAGUGAAGAUAGGUAGUUUUUGCCAUUGAAAUGUAAUAUAAAUCAUGAAGAAUUUUAUAGUUAUAAAUUAAGUAUGAAUUGAUCCUUGGUAUUAUCUUUUUGGUUUAUUCCCCUUCAGAAACAGACUGAGAAGCACAAGAGCAUGGUUUACCAGGUGGUUGGAAUCUGUUAAGGUAUUCCCAUGAGAGAGACAUCGGUAAAUUGAAAAAGAUAUUUUUCCUCUAAUUUUGUAUCUUAAAAAAGUUCUGGCCUUGACAUUGAAUUUUAAUUUCAUAAAAAAUUGGACAUGUAAGACUAGAAAGGGAUACUUUCUCCCUUCUCCUCACAAAGAAGCAGAUAAGUUAGAAAGAUAGUAGAAGAAUUAAAAAAAAAAAAA